CUUGUCGCACCCCGUACGUAAGGUUCUGUGUGUACGUGUCGGCAGGUCCAACAGACCCCGCGCUAGCGCGCCAUUUUGCGGGCAUCGCCACGUCCUCUGGAAUUGAUCUCUUUUGACGCCUCCCAGCCAAGCACCGCGUUGACACGACGUAUCAUGCGCCGAGUCUUUUAGCAACCCAGAGAUCUGACGAGGCAAGCCCGGAAGCUCCCUUGAGCGGGUGGGUGUCUCAUUGUUAAGCGAACGCGAAAAAAAAUCAAAUGGACGAUCAGGAACCUGCGGAGAGUCCGUUACCACCGGCCAUAUUGCGAUCGCUGGGUGAUCGGUCCUAUGACAAAAGAAAAAACGCAGCUCUAGAGAUUGAAGCUCUCGUUAAAACACUUCAGCAGAAAAGUGACACCGAUCGCAUUUGUUCAGUAAUUGCUUUGUUGGGCCAAGAUUUUGCUACAUCCACCAACACGAAUCACCGUAAGGGUGGUCUCAUCGGGCUAGCGGCUACAGCCAUAGGAUUGAUGCCAGAUAUCUUCUUGUAUCUCGAUGCGUUGUUGCCUCCAGUCCUGCAUUGUCUUGACGACCCAGAGAGCCGCGUGAGAUAUUACUCAUGUGAGUCACUAUAUAACAUUGCGAAGGUAGCUAGAGGUGAUGUUCUACGAUAUUUCAAUCAGAUUUUUGAUGGACUGUGCAAGUUGUUUGCUGAUGUUGAUAUCGACGUUAAAAAUGGAGCAAAUUUACUGGACAGACUGAUCAAAGACAUAGUUACUGAAUCUAAUUGCUUUGAUGUUGAACGUUUUGUUCCUCUCCUACAAAAAUAUAUUCGUCGGUCGAACCCAUACAUACGACAGUUACUUGUUGGUGCGAUUCAUUCUUGAAACUGAUCUUAAUUCCCUGGCUAGGUUGGAUUACCGUUCUCGACUCCGUGCCUGAUAUCAACAUGCUAGAUUGGUUGCCUGACUUUCUUGAUGGCCUAUUCCACAUGCUUUCAGAUUCCAACAGAGAGAUACGGCAAGCUGCUGGUUCUGCAAUUGGGGGGUUCUUAAAUGAAAUCAAAAGGUCCAAGCUGGUAGAGUUAUGCCCGAUGGUUGGCAUUCUUGUCGACCAGUGUCGACACAAAGAACGGUCCAAUCGACUAACAGCGAUGAUAUGGGUGCGGGAUUUCAUCAAGCUUGGUGGACACAAGUUGCUGCUAUUCUACUCUGACCUUCUUGGCGCUAUCAUGCAUUGCAUUUCAGACGUCGACAUUGAAAUUCGUCAGGUUGCUGGCCAUACAAACAUAGAUUUGUUAAAGUUUGUCAAAACAACUAAAGAGCAUUUUGAGCUAUCUCCUUUGUUACAAACUUUGACUACAGAGCUGGAUUCUCACUACAUCCCUACUAGAAUGGCGACCUUGAGGUGGAUUAACAUGUUACUGGAAAAGGCACCAGGUGAAAUGAAGAACUUUAUCUCUGAACUCUUGCCUGCAUUGUUAAAGACAUUGUCCGAUGAAGCUGAUGAAGUUGUCCUAACAAAUCUCGAAGUCCUGGCUCAAAUUUCGCUCCUACAUAAUCAAGAGUUUCAACGCGUCCUGAAUGCCAUAGUCUGUUUGUUUGCAGAAGACCGAGGCUUGCUAGAACUCAGGGGCUCUUUGAUAAUUCGUUAUCUUUGCUCUUUAUUGAGCGCCAAGUCUAUAUACUUUUCUCUAGCCGCCAUUCUUCAAGGGACACCAAGUGAAGGGACCUCAGGCAACUCGUCAUUGCUCGAAGAUGCACUUGAGUUUCGCUCAAUUAUGGUUCAGACUCUAAGCCUUAUAUUGCUUACAGCCCGUGAGCUUGACGAGCUGCGAGAAGUACUUCGUUCCAGCUUGGAGCCAAGUGCACCAGAUGAGGCCACCAAUUUGUUCAUCAUAAUGUAUGAAUGUUGGUGCCAUAAUCCUGUGGCUACGCUAGCUUUAUGCCUUCUGGCCCAGGCAUAUGACCUUGCUGCCUCGCUCAUCACUCACUUCGCCCUUGUGGAUGUUACAGUGGGAUUUCUCAUGCAGGCGGAUAAGUUAGUUCAGUUACUCGAGAGUCCCAUUUUUCUUCAGCUCCGUCUGCAACUUUUGGAGGUGAAUGCUGGGUAUCACCCGCUGUUGCUAAAAAGUUUGUACGGGCUAUUGAUGUUACUUCCACAAUCUGCUGCAUUUUCAAUACUCAGUAAUAGACUUAGCACAAUUGUAACAUUACAGCAACAUACGCAACAUACGAAGAAACUAAAUAACAUGGAAGGUCCUGUUACGUCAAAUGUUCAGAAACGAGAACUCCUAUCGAGCUUUAAGCAUAUUCAAUCGCUUCAUACUCAGGCAAGGCAAAUCACGAUUCGUCGCCGAGAAGCCAGUCAGUCAUUGCUCACGUUGUCGACAGCAAAGUAGGGUCUAUCUACUUGCUGACAAAACGACCCCCAUGAGCCAGCUAGCCGCCGCUACUAGCAGCCGCAAGAAUAAUACUAGCCGAGCUUAUCCCAUUUGAGCGCGCUCUGCGCGCGCGGGUCAGCCGCAGCCGUCGCGUAGAGCCGCGCAAGAGCUGCUGGGCCGUCUCGGCGGCUCCGAGCGCCCAAAGCUGCUGCUCUCCGCAGAGGGAGGAAUGUUGUUUUAAAAGUGACAAGAAGACCCGAUUAGACGAGGCUCGGCUGUUUCUGCCACAUCAGCAAGUUGCCUUCUCAGUUGCCAGUGGAAAUUCUAGGCCGGCGGGCAGCAUGGCCCUAUCCCCCCUCAAUAUCGUGCGAAGGAGACCGGACGGUGUGACGCAAAUGAAAAUAUGUUGAAAAUUGCCCUUUUUUGCAGGGAGACACCCGGGCCCCCUUGACAACAAACCUGAAGGCCGCGGCUAGGUUGCAAAUGACCCGAGGGGUUAUUCCCUGGCACGGCGGGGGUCCCUAACCCGGGUAACUAACGGGCCAUUUGCGGGUAAGUUGCAACCUACUCAGGCUAGCAGCUCUACAAGCCCCUUGGCCUGAGCCUUCAGACGGGGGGUGAAGUGGGGGGUGUCCCCUAAUUUGAGAUUCGAGUUCCCAGCCACUUAUGCGCCGGCGAUUUUGGCUACGGG